AUGGAAGUUGAUUACAAGAUGGACGACAGCAGCAAGUUGGCACUAAUGUCUCAACCACCACCGGAUUACACAGCAUCUCCCAAGCCUCCUGACCUUCCUAGCAGAGCACUCUUGGUCGUGGCGAUGGUCAUCGUGGGGAUGGUUCUGGUGGUCCUGACUUUCCUGCUGGCAGGGCUGCACAUCACCGAGAAACAUACUGAGGCGGUCCUGCAAAUGACCAUUCAAGGCCUGGAUGGCAAAGGUUCCUCCCAGCACUUGGCCAUGAGCCGGAAGGAAAGACUGGCCAUAUUUCCCAUCCACAUGAAGCUCAACUCUUCGGCCACCGUGGUUUACGAUUACAGCAAUCUGGUGAUUGGCUACAGAUCAUGGCCAGGAGAGUCCUGCUAUGUCAUCAAAAUGAACCAGAAGGAUAUACAAAGCCUGGAUGCUGUCAUGGAGAUCUUCCAGCAUGUUCACAAACCCCCUGCCCUGCUGCCCCUUGGACAGAGAGAGAAGCCGGUGGGAAACUUCUCUGCAGUGCCAGCUCACCGUUCGACGCUGGGAGCCGCCAUCAACCUCCUCUGCAGCACCAUGCCCGUCCACUGGGCGUAA